AAAAAAUGACUUAUGGGCAUCCACAUGACCCUUCCGCCAAAAAUAGAACAAGUCCUAUUAUUGUUCGCAUUAGAGACCGGCCGUUCCGUUCCCCAAAGUGCGGAAUGUACCAGGAUCCGUGUUUUGCAGACCACAAAACAUCCAAAGACUCCACAAUCUUUGUGCAGUUAUCCUUGUUCUCUGGGAUAUAGAAAGUCUCUUAAAACUGGUAAUCUGGCAUGCUGCUUUGACUGUGUACAGUGUAAUGAUGGGGAGAUAACAAGUGGUGCAGCUAUGGAAACCUGUGAAAGUUGUCCUGAAGAUCAAUGGCCUAGUCCUACUAGAAAUAAAUGUAUUAAACGACCUCUGCAUUACCUAUCCUUUGAGGAGGUUUUAGGAAUGUCGUUAGUGGUCAUAGCCACCGUCUUCUUUGGAACUGCCUCAUCAGUACUUUGGGUUUUUAUUAAAUACAGGAAUACUCCUCUAGUCAAAGCCAACAACCAAAACCUGAGCUAUGCUCUCCUGGUGUCUUUGAUGAUUUGUUUUCUUCUAUCCUUCAUAUUUAUUGGACAACCUAAAGAACUGACUUGCCUCAUGAGACAAACCACUUUUGUCUUUGUCUUUGCUGUCGCCAUUUCUUCUGUUCUAGGCAAAACAUUGACCGUUCUUGUUGUGUUUAAUACUACAAAACCUGGAAGCAAAUUAAGAAAAUGUGUAGGAUCGAGGAUCUCUACUGGACUUGUCAUUCUGUGUUCUUUGGGUGAAUUAAUCAUAUGUCUAACUUGGCUGAUCUUUGCUCCACCAUUUGUUGAACUCGAUACUAAGACUAUUCCUGGGACAAUUAUAGUUCAAUGUAACGAAGGCUCCAUUAUUGCCUUCUAUGUUGCAGUCUCAUAUAUUGGGGCUUUAGCAGUUUUUUGUUUUAUUGUUGCAUUUAUAUCUCGGAAGCUUCCAGACACUUUCAACGAGGCCCAACACAUUACAUUCAGUAUGCUGGUGUUCUGUAGUGUUUGGAUGUCCUUCAUCCCCACGUAUCUGAGCACAAAAGGAAAAUAUAUGGUGGCUGUAGAGAUCUUUGCUAUAUUGGCUUCUAAUGGAGCAUUACUGUGCUUUAUAUUCUUCCCCAAAUGUUAUAUCAUACUUCUAAGGCCUGAUCGUAAUACAAAAAGAGAUAUUAAAGUAAAAAUAUUUAAAAUUUAUGGAUAG